AUGCUUGUUUCAGCCUUCAUCAUCAUCGGGGUAGCGACUUGUCCUCUCGUCGCGGUAGGAGAGAGUUCGUCAGUGAGAAGAGCAGCCACAGAGGAGGGUUUCGCGAAGGACAGCCACUGGGCACGACUUCUUCAGCAGAAGUGGUCGGAGCCCUCCUACCUGGAGAUGGUUGCGCGAACAAUUGCGGCUUUGGAAAAUGAAGAUUUUUGGAUGGCGUUCCUAGGCAAGCAACUCCAACUCCAAGGUAGCAAAGCUCAGCUGAAGGCUCUGCGUUUGGAACGCCACAGACUAGAGCAACGGAGGAAAAAACACGCGGUGGCCGCGUAUUAUGCCACAGCAGGAGAGAAACCCGGUGCGGACAUCGAUCUUCGCUUCGGCGAUGUCAGUCUGUAUGCCCUAGACUGGAUAGCCCCCCGCACAUGUGCCGACCUCAGCUGGGCGGGAAGCAAUGACGUGUGCGCCUUGUCGCUUGAGACGGAUAUCCACGUCAUGCAUGCCAAGCUGAUGCUGAAGAGUGUUGAGGUACAGGACUUCCAAAAUCGUCUUUUUUCCACUGGAGGUCCGGACGUUCCUGCAUCUGAAGCUGCAAUGGGACCGCAAACGCCACUACCGGCAGAUAGCGUGAACGCCAAUGUUCCUGCUUCUCUGCGUCCGAAGGAAACGUUCGAUUGGAGCAGUGUCGCCCGAGAUAUCUAUUUACCGUCCCUGGCGGAACUCCAAGCUCCAGGAGCGACUCCAGAGCUCUUUGGGGUCGAAGUGAGUCAGCUCAUGGCGGCUUUAGACCGCGAGGAACGUAUCCGCAGUGGAUCAGCAUCGGCUGGAGGAGCUAGGUCGGGUGCGUUAGGUGGUGGUGCAUCGACGAAUCUUGGGAACAGCGGCCGGUUGGCAGGUUCGUGGACGUCUCCGACGACAGCGGGGGGGUUCGGGCUGGGGGGGUUUCACUGA